AUGAUAUGGCAGGUCAGUCCCGCCCACUGUCUUCGUCGGUCGCUCCUUCAUUCUCCUUUACAGCGUGGGUCCAUACAGUUAACCAAUUGCUAUAAGGCAAGAAGGUUUCUGUCGUCGUCUGCAACGCCAUCGUUCACUUCCUACUUCUUCCACAAUGCCCAAUGGUCGAGCACACGGAAGCUCGAUGCCUUUUCGUCGCAACCAGCUGUUCCCGACGCGUCGCCUUCGGUCAGUGUUGCAGGCUUCAAACCCGUAGAACGUUUAUCUCCUCGGAGCCUGUUAAAAGUCUACAGUCAACUUUCGAAGGAACGGCUUACGAUUCUGAACGUGCUCACAGCUAUGUCCGGGGUCGCCCUCUCACCAUUUCCGACGACUGUACCCGUUUUGUUGUCAACCGCAGUCGGAACUGCAUUCUGCGCAGCGUCAGCCAAUACCCUUAAUCAAUUACAAGAAAUUCCAUUCGAUGCACAGAUGGCAAGAACACGUUCGAGACCGCUGGUGCGAAGAGCUAUAUCCCCCGAACACGCUGCGGGAUUUGCCCUUGUCACCGGUAUCGCUGGGCCAGUGAUCCUGUGGACAAUGGUGAACCCAACAACCGCUAUUCUGGGUGCUGCGAAUGUUAUCCUUUAUGCGGGUGUCUAUACAUGGAUGAAGCGCAAAAGUGUCUUCAACACCUGGGUGGGCGCCGUAGUGGGCGCCGUUCCCCCGCUGAUGGGAUGGACUGCAUGCGGUGGUCGGCUUAUCCCUAACGACCUAUCGCAAAUCCCGCUUUAUCUUCCCUCCUUCAUGUACCCCGAAUCGCUCCUUCCCUUGGAAUCGUCCAUGCUUGACAGUCCCUUGGCGCCAUUCGCGUUAUUUAUGCUCCUGUUCUAUUGGCAAUUCCCUCACUUCAAUUCGAUAUCGCACCUCGUGAGAGGUUCCUACGCUCAAGCGGGGUAUCGAAUGCUCUCGGUCGUCUCGCCCAAGAAGAACUCCUUAGUGUCGCUCAGACACUCGUUACUCCUCAUCCCUACGUGCUCCGUCUUGAUCCCCCUGGCCGGACUCACUACAUGGCAUUUCGCCCUGACAAGUUUGAUCCCUAACUUGAUUUGCGCCCGCGCUGCCUGGAGAUUUCACCAGACAGGGGGGGAGAAGGAGGCGAGGAGCGUCUGGCAUCACUGUUUGCUUCAUCUUCCGGUCAUACUGGGACUCAUGAUGGUGCACAAAAGAGGUAUAGACUGGUUGGAGUAUAUAGGACUCAGGUCAACACCCUCCGUAGAAGAGCAAUCAUAA